AUGGCCGGCUUCGUCGACAAGGCCAACCGCGCCAUUGCGCGCUCCGUUGUGGGCAAGUACUUCCGUCUCGAAGGAUCGGGUCACCCCAAGGAACGCAAGGAUGCUCGUUUCUUCACCGAGUUCCGCGCGGGUCUUGCUACCUUCUUCGCCAUGGCCUACAUCAUCUCGGUCAACUCUACCGUUCUGUCUGAUACGGGCGGCACCUGCGUCUGCCCUCCUGACAGCAUGGCCGACCUGUGUGCCACCAACGACGAGUACAUGCUCUGCGUUGCUGUCGUCAAGCGUGAUCUCGUCACUGCCACAGCUGCCAUCUCUGCCUUGACCUCCUUUUGCAUGGGCCUCUUUGCCAACAUGCCCAUCGCCCUUGCACCUGGAAUGGGUCUGAACGCCUACUUUGCCUACACCGUCGUCGGUUUCCACGGUUCUGGUAUGGUCCCGUACCAGGUUGCAUUGACUGCUGUCUUUGUCGAAGGCUUUGUCUUUGUAGGCCUCACCAUUCUCGGUAUCCGUCAAUGGCUUGCCAGAGCUAUCCCAGCUAGCAUCAAGCUUGCGACAGGCGUCGGGAUCGGACUUUACCUCACCAUCAUUGGACUUGGGUACUCGGCGGGUAUUGGUUUGAUUACCGGUGCCGUAUCGACGCCUCUCGAACUUGGAGGAUGCGAAGAGCAAUUCAAGGAUGCGAGCGGUGUUUGCCCGGGAGGCCACAAGAUGAGGAACCCGACGCUGUGGAUCGGUAUCUUCUGCGGUGGUGUGCUGACCGUCAUGCUCAUGUUGUACCGUGUCAAGGGCGCCAUCAUCUUCGGCAUCCUGCUUGUUUCGGUCAUCUCGUGGCCGCGCCCCACGGAUGUUACCUACUUCCCCUACACGACGCUUGGCAACGACUCUUUCGACUUUUUCAAAAAGGUGGUGACCUUCCACCCCAUCCAGAAGACGCUUGUGGUCCAGGAAUGGAACAUCUCCAAGUACGCCGGCCAGUUUGGACUCGCCUUCAUCACCUUCCUCUACGUCGACAUCCUCGACUGCACAGGUACCAUGUACUCGAUGGCGCGCUACUGCGGAGCCAUCGACGAGCGCACGCAGGACUUUGAAAACUCUUCCAUCGCAUACUCGAUUGACGCCAUGGGUGUGACGAUUGGUUCCUUGUUCGGAUGCUCCCCAGUCACUGCGUACAUCGAGUCAGGUGCUGGUAUUUCCGAGGGUGGCAAGACGGGUCUCACGGCCAUGUUCACGGGUCUCUGCUUCUUCAUUGCCGUCUUCUUCGCGCCGAUCUUUGCUUCGAUCCCUCCCUGGGCCACUGGAUGCACGCUCGUCAUUGUCGGCUCCCUCAUGGCGCAGUCGGCCAAGGACAUCAACUGGAAGUACAUGGGUGACGCGAUCCCCGCGUUCCUCACCAUCGCCAUCAUGCCCUUCACCUACUCGAUUGCGUACGGGCUCAUCGCGGGUAUCUGCUCGUACAUGCUGAUCAACACGCUUGUCUACAUCAUCGAGAAGGUAUCUGGUGGGCGCAUCACUCCUCCCAACAAGGACGAGAAGGAGCCCUGGACAUGGCGUCUUCCCGGAGGCGUCCUGCCUCCGUGGAUGCGGCGCGUUGCUGGCGGAAAGAAGAAGUUCUGGGAGCGCGACCCCGAGACGGAUGGCGUUGCUGCUGGCCAGUCGAGCGAGAACAGCUCGACGCACCAGUCGGCGGAGAAGCACUACAUACAAGACAAGCAGGCAGCUGGCGAGAAGACGAUGUAA